AUGAAAGAGGAAGUGCUUAUUCAAUAUAUUAUUGAUAUGGAUAAUCGAGGGUUUGUACCUAAAUUAAGUGGUAUGGAAGAUAUAGCGAAUUAUAUUCUUGAAUCGAGAGGUACGAAAAAGGUUGGAAAACUCUGGGCUCAUCGAUUUGUAAAGUGUCAUAUGGAAUUAAAGACAUAUUUCAAUCGUGUUUAUGAUUUUCAAAGAGCUCUUUGCGAAGAUCCCAAGCUUAUUGAAGAGUGGUUUCGAUUAGUAUCGAAUAUGCGGGCCAAAUAUGGUAUUCAGGAUUGCGAUUUUUACAAUUUCGACGAAACCGGUUUUAUGAUGGAUGUAAUAUACUCUGGAAUGGUUGUAAUUGAUACUGAACAGCGUGGCAGAAGCAAAGCAAUACAGCCAGGCAAUCGAGAAUGGGCUAUGGCGAUUAUAUGUGGUAAUAGAGAGGGUAAAACUAUACCUCCAUUUUUAGUGGUGCAAGGACAAUAUCACCUUUCUAAUUGGUAUACUGAAACCGAUCUGCCGGCAAAUUGGGUUAUUAAACCUACUAGCAAUGGAUGGAUGAAUAAUGAGACGGGUUUAGAAUGGAUAAAGCAUUUCGAUAAACAUACAAUCCAUCGAAGAACAGGCAAAUAUCGAAUGCUAGUAUUGGAUGGGCAUGAAAGCCACGAAUCGAUAUCUUUUCAAUCAUACUGUACGGAAAAUGAUAUUAUAUGCCUCAAAUUACCACCGCAUUCAAGUCAUUUAACUCAGGCAUUGGAUAUUGGAUGCUUUAGUGUAUUGAAACGAUCAUAUGGUUCUCAGAUUGAAGGAUUUAUCAAGGCUCAUAUCAAUCAUAUCUCAAAGGUUGAAUUCUUUAUAGCUUUCAAAGCUGCAUAUCAACAAUCGAUUACAAUUCAGAAUAUGAAAGCUGGCUUUCAAGGAGCAGGACUAAUACCAUUUGACCCUCAAGCCGUGCUCUCGAAAUUAGAUAUUCGAAUUCAUACGCCUAGCCCUUUAUCCACUCCCUCGGAACCUGUCGAUUCUUGGGUCUCUCAAACACCUCACAAUCCAACUGAAGCUCUUUCACAAUCGACUUUAGUCAAAUCUCGAAUAUAUCGUCAUCAAUCAAGCUCUCCUACACCUAUAUUCGAAACUGUAUUAGCUUUAGCUAAAGGCACAGAGAGAUUAGCACAUGAGAAUACACUUUUAAGUGCAGAAAUCCGUACACUUCGAAAGGCAAAUGAGGCAUUAAGCAAACAUCGACGUGCAAAAAAGACUCAAUUACAUCAAGGAGGAGUACUUACUGGACAAGAGGCUAUAGAUAUAUUAUCUCAGCAAGAAGUUGAUAUUCAGAUUCUACGUGAUGAGCGUCAAAAUGGAGCGAAUUCUAAUAGGGAAGCAUCUUCUAGUAGAUGCUGUAGUAAGUGUGGAAAACCAGGUCAUAAUUCAAGAACUUGUUCUAGUAAUGUAAUAGAUCCUAGAUUAUUAGAUUCCUAA